CUGCCUUCACUGCCGGACCACCAUUGCGGGGGACAUCCCAGGGCAGGGGAGACCCCGUUGCAGGGGACGCUCCCUCCUGGGGGCCACCCAGCCCUGGGGUCCCCCCCACCCCUGUGCUGGGGGACGCUCUGCUGCAGGGGAUGCUCUGUUGCAAGGGACACCCCAUCCCAAGAGACCCCCCGCUGCAGGGCACAUCCCAGCCGGCCCCGCUGCCCCUGCCCCGCGAUGGCAGGGGGAAGGGGCGCAUUCGGGGCAGCCUCGUGCCGCGCCGCUCAUAACCUAAAAAUAGGCAGCGGCUCACAGGCCCCUGGGGGGGGGCAGGAUUCGUCCUUUCCGCGGCAGCCAUGGUGCCGCACGGGGGUCCCUCCGGGUGCAGGGGGUGACGCGGGGCGUGGGGGGCCGCUCUCUGCCCCGCAGAUGGCCGGUGGCAUUUUCUCCCCGCUGGGGAGCUGCUCGGAGCUGGAGAAGGCCAACUGCCACCCGCUGGUCUGCCUGCUCUGCCACGAACCCUACCAGCACCCCUGCCUGCUCGACUGCUACCACAACUUCUGCGCCAGCUGCCUGCGGGGCCGCGCCAGCGACGGCCGCCUGCGCUGCCCACUCUGCGGACACCCCUCGGUGGUGAGGGGGGGCACGGGGCUGCCCCCCGUGGACCGGCUCCUGCAGUUCCUGGUGGACAGCUCGGCCGACGGCGAGGAGGACGUGCAGUGCGCCAACUGCGACCGGCGCUGCGCCAAGGCGGUGAGGGCAGCGGGGCGGGCGGGCAGGGGACCCCCGCCGGGGCUGUGCCCGCCGCCAGCCACCCCCCCCGCCACGCAGGAGCUGGACACCAUGUACUUCUGCAACACCUGCGGGCAGCCCCUCUGCGCCCCGUGCCGCGAGGAGACCCACCGCGCCAAGAUGUUCGCCCGCCACGAGAUUGUCUCCCUCUCCAAGCGCACCAAAGACAUCCACAAGAAGUGCCCACUGCACGAGGAGCCCUACAUCAUGUUCUCCACCGAGAAGAAGUCCAUGCUCUGCAUCAACUGCUUCAGGGACAUGCAGGGGGAGAGCCGGGCGCACUGCAUCGACAUCGAGACGGCAUACAUGCAGGGCUGCCAGCGGCUGGACCAGGCGGUGAUGGCCGUGAAGGAGCUGCAGACCUCCACGCGCGAGGCCAUCGUCCUCCUCAAGGCCAUGAUCGAGGAGGUGCGCAACAGUGCCAGCGAGGAGGAGGCGGCCAUCAACUCCCUCUUCGGCCGCAUGCAGGAACAGCUCUCCGAGAGGAAGAAGGCGCUCCUGAAAGCCGUGCAGAGCCAACACGAGGAGAAGGAGAAGGCGUUCAAGGAGCAGCUUGCCCACCUCGCCUCCCUGCUGCCCACCCUGCAGGUCCACCUGGUGACCUGCUCAGCAUUCCUGAGCUCUGCCAACAAAGCUGAGUUCCUGGACCUGGGCUAUCAAUUGAUGGAGAGGCUGCAGAGGAUCGUCAAGCUGCCGCACCGCCUGCGGCCGGCCCAGACCAGCAAGAUUAACAGCGAGUACCGGGCAGAGUUUGCCCGCUGCCUGGAGCCCCUGCUGAUGCUCAGCCCCCGCCGCUCCGUGGUGGGCAGCGCCGGCGGCAUCGGUCCUGGCAUCGCUGGCACGAACAUGCUCCCCGGCGGCCAAUGCUCCAAGACCCUCAUGGUGCCCAGCUGCCCCCCCACUGGUGAUAAAAUGUCCACUGGCCCCAUCGUGCGGAAGCCGACGAUGCACCGAUACAUCAGCACCAAGGUCCUGCUGGCCGAGGGGCGCGAAACCCCCUUUGCCGAGCACUGCCGCAACUAUGAGAACACCUACCGGAUGCUGCAGACGGAGAUCCAAGGCCUGAAGGACCAGGUGCAGGAGCUGCACCGUGACCUCACCAAGCACCACUCGCUCAUCAAGACGGAGAUCAUGAGCGAGAUCCUGCAGAAGUCCCUGCAGAUGGACGUGCAGAUCGCGGCUCACUACUCCGCCGUGGAGAUGAUGCGCAGCGUCUUCGAGGAGGUCUGGGAGGAGACGUACCAGCGGGUGGCAAACGAGCAGGAGAUCUACGAAGCCCAGCUCCACGACCUGCUGCAGCUGCGGCAGGAGAACAGCUGCCUGACCACCAUCACCAAGCAGAUCGCACCCUACGUCCGCUCCAUCGCCAAGGUGAAGGAGCGGCUGGAGCCCAGGCUGCAGGAACCCCGGGAGCCCAAGGAGGAACAGGCACAGAUGCUGCUCAAGAUCUGUGACGACAGCGAAGCGGAUCCAAGGUACCUUCCCUUCCCCAGGGACGCCUCGGCCGGUGGCAAGGAGGGGGCUCCAGCCAGCCCUGGGGAGGGCUACGCGCCCAGCAGCGACCCCAGGGAGCCCUCCCCGAAAAGCAAACACUGCUGCAGGGGCCAGCAGAAAAGCGGGACUGAGAGCACUGCCCAGAAAGAGCUUGCACCAUAGAGCCCGACGCCGAGCGAGUGCACGGAGCCGCUUGGCGCUCGCUGCACAAGCGCUGUGCCCCGGUCGUCGACCGGCUCCUCUUGCCUUGUGCCACGAGCGAAGGCAGGAAAACACAGCCUGGGGAACACAGUGUCUGCAGCAUAUCAAAAGCCUGCCUUAGGGCGGCUUUGUUCAUCUGAAAAAAUAAUUGUCUUUAUACUCUCCCUCUUGUGUGUUAGAGGUGAAAUAAAAGGGCGCAACUGUA